AGUUGUGAUCUAUUAGAACGAAAACCGGUCGUGCCAAUCCAUGGCGGAGCCAAAGGUCCUUGAAAAGUGUGCCGGUACCCCCCUUUUGUUCCUCUUUUACCUGCUUCCAACUUCUCUACCUUCCAAUUCUAUUCCAUUUCACCUCCACUCCUCCACCCACCUAUAUUCCUCUCCUCACGCCAAACGCGCCCUUACAGAUUGGCUCUCAUUUUAUCAUCUUCUUCUCCUACUCAUUUUCUCCGCAACUUCAAUCAACUAGCAUCUUCACUAAUCACUAAUCACUAUGGUAGUCAUACCAUCACAAAUUUCUUCUCAGCUUCGAUUUCCUCACGAUCUAGGGCUUUUUCGAUCUCGCAAUUGCGGGAAAGUUCCUCAAAUCCUUUUAUUUUCUCCUAGUUAUUGCGGUUGCCAUCAGUUAUGGGUUACCAAAAUCUGGAAGCAAGGAUACAAUUUGAAGCAUGAUGUGAUUCAGUCUAGGUCCAUGGAUGAGGGUUCACUAGGUAUACCUUCAUUUGGUGAUUGGGGAAACAAUGAGGGAACUAGUGACUACAUGAUAUUUUCAAGUGAUGGAGAAGAUAGCGAUGGGGAGAUUUUGGUGACACCUAUGAACGAUGUUGAUAUGCCAACAAUAAAAAAGCAGUUUGUUACUUCAGAAGAUGCUUUGAUGGCCACAGCAUCCAGGCUUGCCUUGCUUGGGCGAAUGCAUAAGAAAGACAGGGUUAUGUAUGGAUUUGUUUGCAAUUUGGGACUUAUCAUCUUCUUGACAUUAUGUCUUGGUUUUGUAGACUGGUGCGCUUGGCGUAUUGUUAGAAAACCCUUGGAUGCUUUUUACUUUUUGUCACCCUUUUUGGCCUCUGCAUCCUUAGUAGCAUGUGCAGGCUAUGUCUUUGUUCCAAUUCUUAAAAGAUUCAAUAUCCGUAAGAAAUUCAGGAGGAAAUGGCCUUAUAUGCAUUACUCAAAGAAAGGAACGCCAACAAUCGGUGGACUAUUCUUCAUACCUAUAGGGCUUGCUGUUGCUAGAGUUAUGGGAGGCUCUUCGACCGAGAUCUCAUGUACAUUAUUAGUGACCUUGGCAUAUGCUGUGAUUGGUCUUCUUGAUGAUAUAUUAGGCCUCAUAAAACCUGAUAGUUUUGGUUUAUCUCAAAGGAUAAGACUUCUAUUGGAGGUAGCUGUUGCAGCAUGGUUUUCAUUUUGGCUGUACACCCACAAUAUAUCAUCACCUUACGGCAUGAAAAUGCUGAUUCCACUACCUGCAUGUGCUGGCCUUGUGAAUCUGGGACCAUACUAUCUCUUGUUGAUCGUAUUUACAUUUAUUUUGAUGACGAACGGUCAUAAAUUAACCGACGGACCGGAUGGUUUUGCUGGAGGCACCUCAGCAUUGGCAUUUGCUGCGAUGUCUGUAGCAGUGCUUCCAAUAUGUUCUGAUGUUUCUGUGUUUGGAACAUCAAUGGCAGGUGCCUGUGUUGGUUUUCUUUUACACAACCGCUACAAAGCAUCUGUAACUAUGGGUAAUACUGGAUCCUUGGCAUUAGGUGGAGCCCUUGCUGCAAUGGCUUCAUGUAGUGGCAUGUUUAUUCCGCUUUUCAUUGCUUCAGGGAUUUUGGUCGUUGAAGCGAUUGCUGUGGUAAUUCAGAUACUAUUCUUCAGGAUCACUGAUAGCUUACAGGAGAAAGGACGCAAGUCACAUAACUUUUUCCAAGUAGCUCCGUUGCAUCAUUACCUUGAAAUGUGGGGAAUGCAAAAAUCAUCUGUUGUCACAUGCGCAUAUUGCAUCGCAUCCUUCUUGGCAGUUCUUGCAGGUUAUGUGGGUCUGAAUUCAGCGUAGCUUCUACAGGUUUUGACAAUGGCCCAAUCUUUUGGGACUUCUCUGUUUAUUGUUCUUAUCCUUCAACCCCCCCCCCCCCCCCAAAGAACUAGGUUAAUUGAAAUGAAUAAUGAUGUAUGGUGCUUGUAUCUGUAGCCGUGUAAAAAAAAUUCGUUGACAAUUUUGACAUUGUGACCAUCUGAAUCUGUAAUUACAAAUUGAAAAAGAAUUGACAAGAAUAAUCCAAAAUAUCACCGUUUCGUUCAAAAUAAUCCCAACUAUGAGUUAUUAUAGAAUAAUCCAAACUAUUGGGAGUAUGUUCUCAAAAUAAUCCAAACUUUUAAUUAUCCUAUAUAUAAUAGACCCAAAAGGGAUCGUUGAAGGCAAGAAAAAUAAAAGUUUGGAUUAUUUUGGAAAGGUACCCCAAAUAGUUUGGAUUAUUCUAGAAUAACCCAAAGUUCGGAUUAUUUUGAGCGGACCGGUCAUAGUUAAGAUUAUUUCUGUCAAUUUUUCCUAUAAUAAUUUGAAAACAAAUAUUUGAAAUAAA